GUUUUUAAAGAACGCUGCACCGCACCUGUCAGUUGAUAGUUUUAGGUGGCCUUGAAUUGUUUAUAUACGUAUUUAACCGUCUUCGUGCAGAAUAGCUUUACUUCAAUAAUGUGUCCAGUGCCCUGUAGAUUAGUUAAUUAAUUGCUCGUUUAACUGGAAUAAUGUGAAGCAUUAUUAGUGUUUACAAAAAAAAUGAGUAAUUCUGUUACUGGCGGUGCUUAUUUAUUAGAAUCAGAUAUGUUGGAAGCGGAAUCCUCGGGCGGCAUCACCCUGCCAGAUGCCGUAAAACAGAAAAAGUAUUCUACUAGUUCCAUUAGUGGCGGCGAAGUGUCCAGGCCCAAGAUGGUUACUGUGAAACAUCCCGAGUCUAAUAAACCUAAGCCUACAAUUAAAAAGAAUAAACCCAUUCAAGCCGACUUAGAUGUAACCAAAGAGCUUCUUCGAUGCAAAGAAGAAGGUUUGAAACGUUUAGAUUUAAGUAAAUCUAAUAUAACUCAAUUACCGCCGACGUUAAGAGAUUUAAACCAUUUGUUAGAAUUCUAUUUGUACGGAAAUAAGCUGGUAUCGUUGCCUGCGGAAAUUGGAUGUCUGACGAAUUUGCAAACGUUAGCUUUGAGUGAAAAUUCCUUGACUGGCUUGCCAGAUUCGUUGGUGAAUUUAAAGUUACUGAAAGUGCUCGAUUUACGCCACAAUAAAUUAAAUGACAUACCUGAUGUCGUUUACAAACUAACUUCUUUAACAACACUAUUUUUAAGGUUUAAUCGAAUUAAGUACGUUGGAAACGAAAUAUGUAACUUAAUAGCAUUGACGAUGCUUAGUUUACGCGAGAAUAAAAUAAAAGAACUACCGGAAGGCAUAGGAAAAUUGGUCAACUUAAUUACGUUUGACGUUUCUCAUAAUCAUCUGGAGCAUCUUCCCGAGGAAAUUGGUCAGUGCAUCAACUUAUCGACCCUCGACCUCCAGCACAACGAACUGUUGGACAUUCCUAAUAGCAUCGGACAAUUGCAUCAAUUAACGAGGCUCGGUUUGCGCUACAAUAGACUGUCUACCAUACCAGUCACGCUCAGCAGCUGUAAACAUAUGGACGAAUUUAAUGUUGAAGGCAACGCAAUCUAUCAACUACCCGAAGGUUUAUUAUCAAGCUUAAGCGAAUUAACAAGCAUAACAUUAUCGCGUAAUAAUUUUACGGCAUAUCCGUCCGGUGGUCCCUCGCAGUUCAUUAACGUCGAUUCGCUUAAUUUAGAACACAAUCAAAUUGAUAAAAUCCCGUACGGAAUCUUUUCACGAGCAAGACAUUUGACGAAACUGAACAUGAAAGAAAAUCAACUGACAUCGUUACCGCUCGAUGUAGGCACUUGGGUUAAUAUGGUUGAACUAAAUUUGGGGACAAAUCAACUUAGCAAGCUUUCCGAUGACAUACAAUGUCUCCAGUCUUUGGAGGUGUUAGUUUUAUCGAAUAAUUUAUUAAGGCGACUUCCAUCAACUGUUGGCAACUUACGAAAACUACGAGUCUUAGAUCUAGAAGAGAAUCGCUUAGAGCAACUGCCAAACGAGAUCGGCUUCCUACGAGAACUCCAACGGUUAAUCGUGCAAUCAAAUCAAUUAACUUCUCUGCCAAGGGCUAUAGGUCAUCUUUCGAACUUGGUUUUUUUAGGUGUAGGUGAAAAUAAUUUAGGAUUUUUACCAGAAGAGAUCGGUACACUCGAGAAUUUAGAAUCUUUGUAUAUAAACGACAAUCCUUCUCUUCACAAUUUACCGUUCGAGUUAGCACUUUGCUCUAAUUUGCAAAUAAUGAGCAUCGAAAAUUGUCCCUUAACUCAGAUACCGGCUGAAAUUGUAGCCGGAGGACCUUCGCUUGUAAUACAGUAUUUGAAAAUGCAAGGACCGUAUCGUGCCAUGUGAUCUACAUAAUAAGAUAUUUUUUUAGAGUACUGUAAUUGUUGCAUAUGUGUAUUAUUAUGAAAAAUAAUUCGAUGUUAAUUGUAGUUUAAAUAUUACUUAGCUUUAGACAGCGUUGUCUCUAAACUAUAGGUAUCACUAUAUUCAAAAAUAUUAAUCUUUUGUGAAGUAUAUUUUUUUAUACAGAAACCAUGAAAACGUAACAGAAAUAAAUCUUUUUUAUUUUAAA